ACUGAAAUGUAGCUACUGAAUAAUAAUAUUUUAGUAAAUGUCACAGUUUCCAGAAGACCCAAACAAGAACAUUGAGAUUAUUCUCAAAGGAUUUGGUAUGAUUGGAGAUCUACCAUCCAACCAUUGGACUCAAGCAAUCAAGGAUACUUUCAGUAACCAUAAUUUGACUGGAGAAUCUCAAGCAGGAGGAACACAGAGAAAGAAUUCAUCAGCGUUUGAGUAUCUGAUGGAUCUGUUCGAUAACACACUUCACCAGAAGAAUAAGUACCUGAACGAUGCUACGAGACAAUGUGAAAAUUCCACUCACAAAGAAAAGAGAAGAACUUCCAAAGAUUAUUCGUUCAAACAGGACAGAAGAAAGACUGAACUAAAGGAAAGAGGAUGACAUAAAUUAUCAAAGAGAACCAAGUCAUUAAGGCCUCAUAUCCCCUUGAGUAAAAAGUUAUCUGAACAGAAGAGCAAUCUUCAGGCUCAAAUGAAAAGACCUAAAAUUCCUUCAAAAGACAAAGAAGAAGCCAAAACUGUGAAAGAGAAGUCAAGCAAAUCAUGAGCAAGAACCCAACUCAUUAUACUAGACUCUUGGGAUAAAAAUCUUGCAACUACACCUACUCCGAUCCUCUCGCAAUGUUUGGCCCAGAAUAGUGCAAAGCCUCAGAAAUCAGUGGAGCUCAAUGACUUUUCAGAUGGUUCCCUGAUUUCAGUCAAUAAUGCAAAAUCUUUUAAAUAUGCUAAAAGGAUAAAGAAGAAUGCUAUCAAGGAAUUUAGACUUAAACUGGAAAAUAGGAUAAAGAGAGCUAGAGCAAAAUUAUUUAAACAGAAGAAGUUGAAACAAAUCCCAUGCUCUUUGGGUAAAAAUAGAUUAGCACUGAAAAACUCUUUGAGAAAAUAUCCGUGUUGUGGGGAAACUUUCAGCACAAAAUCGCUUCUUCUAAGACACGUAACAACCCACUGGAACAAGAACGAUCCAACCAAGCCGUAUCAUUGCCCGUUUCCUAAAUGUACAAACACAUACAGCUACAAUGACAGUUUCAGAGAACACUACAAAUCCCACACUAAUCACCCUCUCUACAAGAAAGGCACCAACUGGUCUCACCCCAAAGCUACCUAUGACAUCUGGAAAAUAGCCCAAAAUUACAUAGACAGAGUAAAUGAAAUCCAGCAGAAGGAGAAGCAAGGGGGACCUAGUUUGAGAAGUUAUGAGUUUAUUGAAGUUAUGAAGAUGAAGGAAAAUUGUAAUUUAGAAUGGUAAGGAGAUAAUGGUGGCAGAUAUAAUAAUUUAGACUGAUAAUUGAUAACAAACUUUAAAACUGAUCUUCUUUCGAUAAAAAAUCAGACUUCA